CUAUUGAGACUCUUUGAGCCACGGCCGCCGUUGGAGUAUAAGCCACCACCGGAGAAGAGAAAAUGCCCGCCUUAUACUGGUAUGGCUCAGUUUGUGAGUAAAUUUGCUAAUCCUGGGGAUCCAGAGUACGCUCCACCUAAGCCAGAAGUUGAAUUACCUUCACAGAAACGGGAGAGGAUUCAUAAAUUACGACUGGAGAAAGGUGUUGAAAAGGCUGCUGAGGACUUGAAGAAAUAUGACCCCAAUAAUGAU